AUGUCGUCCGGCAAGAUUGCUGCCCAACACGCCACGCUAGCAUGCUACAAGACCCUUUCCCAUACAAAUCCAUCUCUCGUCCGGCAUUGGGAACGUACGGGACAAACCAAAAUCACUCUCAAAUGUGACAAUGAGGAAGAACUUCUCACCCUUCAAGCGCAAGCACAGAGUUUGAAUCUCUGCGCAAGAUCUAUUCAAGACGCUGGCAGAACCCAGAUUGCUGCUGGUUCACGAACUGUAUUGGGGAUCGGCCCAGGGCCUACGAAACUGAUCAACCAAGUGACAGGCGCGCUCAAGCUGUUGAGGUGA